CGUAUUUUUAUUCCCUUUCUUGACGGAACGCUGUGAUUGGCUAAAAUGUUCAUACCAUUUGCAACUUGACGUCAUUUUGCCAUCGAAAUGGUGGAACCCGAGGACGACGCCACGACGAUCGUGUUCGACUUCGACGCGCCGACGUACUACGACCUGAACGACGGCGAGUUCGAGAAGAGCUACGUGAACAACGCCGAUGGCUAUUUCGACCAAAUGGACAACUCCGCCACCGCCGCGCUGGAUGCGUUCGUGGCGGCGGCCGAUGGGAGCCACAUGUCGCGACGACCGUCCACCAAACAGCCUCCGACCACUGCCACCGCACGCCAUCGGCGACAGACGCCGCCCGUCAUUCUCCACGACAACAACGACGACGACAAUGACGACGCGCGUUCCCACACGGACUCGGCGCCCGAUUCCCUCAACGACGACGCCCAUUCCCGCGACGAUUCCACGCGCAGCAGCAGCGGAGCGAUCUCAUCCACGUCGUCCCGCAAACCUCUCACCAAGCCGACAGCGCCCACGUUGCACUCGGCCAAGCGCGCGGAGGCCGUGAAGCAAGCGAGGAAUCCCUUGCAUCAUCCCCAGGACGCCGACUCGAUCGAGCUGCAGAAGAAGUUCCAUGCGCGCCCGAUGCCAUCCACGCUGGACAUGGCGCCCAACAUCGCGCCCAACUCGUCCAAGCCGCUCACGCAGCCCACGAUGCCGAAACUCGCGACGUUGGCGAGAAUGGGUGACAAAAAGUGGUCAUCUCCCCCUCAAGCAAAUCACCCCCUUUUGUCACAAAGUACUCGGCCAGCAUCGGUCCUGCCAAAGCAACCCCCCGUUCAACGCUCCAAGACUGAUGCUAGUAGUAGUACUAGUAGGACGGUUACUACUAGUAUUACUAGCACGACGAACCAGUUGGAGAGAGCUAGGGCGCGGGAGAUGUUUGAAGCUAAACGCAAAGAAGCCAAAGAAGCCAAGGAACUAGCAAAGCGGGAGCUCGAGGAACAGCAGCGGAUGGAGCUGCGGCGGCAGCAAACGUACCGAGCUAAGCCAUAUACGCGGCCUGCCACCGCCGGCUUUGCAGUGCGGCCGUCCACGAAACUCCUCACCACGCCCACUAGCCCCAAGUUUCACUCAACCAGCAAUAAACGGCCGACUACUAUUAGUAGUAACCUAUCGUAAUUAAUAUACUAACUAGUAGUACAGGCCA